AACUCCUACGUCAGGACACCGGAAACACACCCUCUAUAAGUGACACUGCGCAUGCGUCUGCCUCUCGUGCGUUCGACCUCUACAGCAGACCGCCCCCGGAUAAACGCCUGCUGCUGUCGUUGACCUGACCCGAACGUCCCAUCGUGAUGUAUGCCUGUGCUAAGUUCGUCUCCACCCCCUCUCUGAUCCGUGCUGGAUCCAGGGCACUGUACAGACCUCUAUCUGCAGCUGUAGUGUCCGAUGGCACGAAAGCAGAGACUGCCUCUCUGCUGGCACCAGUAGGUGUUGCCUCCCAGCAGCAGCUGGCAGUGCGUGGAUUCCAAACCAGCGCUGUUAGCCGUGACAUCGACACUGCUGCAAAGUUUAUCGGAGCAGGAGCUGCCACUGUGGGAGUUGCAGGCUCUGGGGCUGGAAUCGGAACUGUGUUCGGCAGCCUCAUUAUUGGAUAUGCCAGGAACCCCUCUCUGAAGCAGCAGCUGUUCUCUUACGCCAUCUUGGGCUUUGCUCUCUCUGAGGCCAUGGGUCUCUUCUGUUUGAUGGUUGCGUUCCUCAUUCUGUUCGCCAUGUAAAUUAGUCCACGACAAGAAAACAAAGUUAAGAGUUGACAGUUUGAAUAAUAGGAUGUUAUCACCUCAGUGUUGCUUAUUCUUGUCAUUGUGUCUAGAAACAUAGUGAAUUUGAGGACCUCUGGUAAGCUCCAGUCUUGGUACUGAUGGAGUUUGACAUACUGUAUAUUUGAUUGGAAGAUUUUGUUAUCAAACAUGCAACCAAUAACAGAAGUAAAACUAUCUAAUUCUUCACAUGUGUGUU